AGUUUGCUCUGGUCAAAGAGGAAGGCACGUGUCACAGGACUAGACACUGAGGUGAACAAAAAUGCCAGACGCUCUUUAACACACCCCCGGCUGUCUAAAUGCUUCUCUUCUCACUUCCAUAAAUGGCUGAAGAAAUAUUGAUACCGCCUUCGGGGAAAAUUCGAUCGCACCUUAACUUCUCCCUGCUGGCAGUGACUUUAUUGACGUCCUUUGGCAGCUCCAUGCUCUAUGGAUAUAACCUGGCUGUGGUCAACUCCCCCGCCAAGUACAUAAAGGACUUCUACAACCACACCGUCGUCAGCCGCAAUGGCACUGGGGUCAGUGAGGAGACGCUGACUGUCAUGUACUCUGCCACUGUGUCCAUAUUCGCCAUCGGCGGUCUGCUUGGGUCCCUGAUGGUUGGCAUGCUGGUCACCAAGUUCGGCAGGAAAGGGACGGUGGUGAAUUCCACUGUGCUGGUUUUCGUUGCCGGCAGUCUCAUGGGCUUCAGCAGGAUAUGCGGCUCCCCGGAAAUGGUGAUCUUGGGUCGCUUUGUAACCGGGAUUCACUCGGGCAUCUCACUCAGUGCGGUACCCAUGUACCUGGGAGAGAUCGCACCCAAGAACCUGCGAGGCUUCCUGGGCCUAGUGCCAAGCAUCUUCAUCUGCCUAGGGGUCUUCACAGCCCAAGUGCUGGGGCUGCAGGAGCUGCUGGGGAAGGAGGAGUACUGGCCCCUCUUCCUGUCCCUGGUGGUGGCACCCACCUGUGUCCAGCUGAUCCUGCUGCCCUGGUUCCCAGAGAGCCCACGCUACCUGCUGAUUGAGAAGCACAACAUCCACGCUACCAUCACUGCCCUGAAGUGGUACCGUGCCAAAUGCAACAUCCAGGCAGAGAUCGAGGAGAUGCAGGAAGAGCAGCGCUCGCUGUCGUCGGUGGAGACGCUGUCUGUGUGGCAGCUGCUGCUGGACGGCUCUGUGCGUUGGCAGGUGUUCUCUGUGGCUGUCAUCAACGUCGGCAUGCAGCUGUCCGGCAUUGAUGCGAUUUGGUUCUACACCAACGACAUCUUCCAGAACGCGGGCAUCCCGGCUUCGCAGAUCCAGUACACCACGGUCGGAACGGGAGCCAUAGAAAUCAUCGCCGGGCUCAUUGGGUGCUUCACCAUCGAGAGGCUGGGCAGGCGGCCGCUGAUCAUCGGCGGCUUUGGUGUCAUGGGGGUCUUCUGUGCAGGCAUCACGCUGUCACUGGUCCUGCAGGAACGCAUCAGUUUCAUGCGGUACGUCAGCGUGGGUUGUGUAGUGGGCAUAAUUGCAGGCUUCUGCAUCGGACCAGCUGGAGUGCCAUUCCUGAUGACUGCCGAGCUCUUUAAGCAGUCCCACCGGCCUGCCGCCUACACUGUCGGGGGGUCCCUCAACUGGAUAUCCAACUUCACUGUUGGCUUUGUCUUCCCCUUCUUGCAGAUGUCAGCUGGGUCCUUCUGCUACCUGGUCUUCUCCGGCAUCUGUCUCCUCGUGUCCACCUACGUGUUCUUCAUCAUCCCGGAGACUAAGAACAAGACCUUCAUGGAGAUCAGCCAAAUGUUUUCCACCAAGGAGGCCGUGCCGGAGACCCAGGCCCUGAGUUUACCGGAUCAGCUCAAGCUGAAGAAGAUGAAUGGUUAUGGGGCACUGGAAAGCGGCUCGCUGGAGUUCGACAGCUCCGCCUCCGGCAUCUGAGCAGACAGGAGAGGAAGGGUCUUAGGAAAGAGGGUUAGAUGGCUCCUAGCUUAAUUCUCUCUGGAUUGUCCACUAGUUGGUGAGUGUGGUAUUGGACAAAGUCCAUAACUGAGAAACUAUAGCUUAGUAGACUACCAAGACAGCGCAGACUGCUUGGUGAGGGUAGUUUUGUUUUUGUAUAAAAUUUUUUGAACAUUUUUGUAAAACUCCCAUAAACCUACCAACUAUCAGACUGAUAUUUGUGAUAAAACGGGAGUCAAUGGGAAGUCCCUGCAAAUACAGCUACAGUUAAACUCAGCAUGCGAUUGGCUGCACUAAGGUAUCUUCACACAUGCCCAGAGCCAAUCAGCCCAAAGCUUGUCUGUGGGAAUCUGCCCGUCCACUCUGUCUCGGUUCCCGUGUGAUAGUCCGCCACAAAGGUGAGCUGCUCUUCGUGAGUGCAGUCUAUAUAUGUGAGGUGCUCCUCAAUUGGGACUAGCUUUAAUUUUAAUCUUUAUUUUUUAUUCUUUUUUUUUGAGAGGAAGUUCCUCAACUUCCUGAAAGCAAGUUUUUUUUUUUUCCUUU